AGCUUCCCAAGUUCCUGACCAUCCCCUCAACAACAAUUUCUCUUACGACACUGGAGCUGGUCUCAUCAUGGUGUCCGAAGAGGAGGGCGUCAGCCCGCGCAAACGGCGGAAGAUCAGCCCUCCUAAGGCAGCUCCAUAUGUUCUGCGAUCGCUGUUUGAUCAGGUUCCCUUGAAUCCCGACGAUAACGAUGACGAAGUCCACAUCACUACUGUUGAGUAUUGGAAUGACAAUUUAUACAUUGGAACAUCUGCCGCCGAGAUUCUUCACUUCGUCUGCCUUCCACCGGACCCCUCGGACAAGUCGAACGAACCGUCGUUUAUCCUAGCUUCCCGAUUACCGAUUCCCUUCGCCAACACCACUUCUACGGCGACCAAGUCGCUUGGGAUACAACAUAUCCUCUUGUUACCAGCUGUCAACAAGGCUUGUGUCCUAUGCAAUGGGACUGUCACCUUCUACCUGCUACCGGAGCUUAGUCCGGCUUUCGGGAAUACCAAGGUCAACAAUUGUUCCUGGAUCGGAGGAAUGGAUCUCAACACGGGCGCGGAUGAGCAGAGUGAGCAAGUGGUCAUGAUCGCGGCGCAGAAUCGUACUAUGCUAGUGAGGAUAGGGGAGGAAGCUCGACGAAUCAGGAACAUUGAAUUUCCUGGAUGCCUGGUCGCCGCGCGCAGAGGGAUCAUCGCCUGUGCCGCAGAUGCACACUCGUACUCCCUCGUCGAUGUGGAGAACCAGCAGAAAAUACAGCUGUUUCCAAUCUCCUUCUCGAACGACCAAGUCCACGAUGUGUCGACAGCUCCGCCCUUGAAGUCGCCGACCUCCCCGUUCUUCGCCCAUUCGCCCACCUCAGAGAGUCAUUUGUUUGAAAGGAGCUUCAGCUCAAAUACAAAGUCUGGCUUGUUGCAACCACACGGACACAAGCGAUCAGGCUCGGCCACCUCGGAGCUCUCGCCCGAGUCGGGAACACCAAGACGCUCGCUAUCGAAAGAGCGCGCAGGGAGCGCAUCUCCCAGGCGAAGUAUGGAGAACCCACCGCGUGAUCCAGAAUCUAGCUCGGAGGAAAGGAAACCACUUCCCCUUCUUCCAAAGCCGACGCAACUGAGGCCCCAUAUUCUAUCGCCGACCCCGUCGGAAUUUCUGCUUGUGAGGGGCACGGACGAGUCGGAGCCUGGAGUCGGUAUGUUUGUCAACAUUGACGGCGACGUGGUUCGUGGCACAAUCACCUUUCACCAGUAUCCGGAAUCCAUUAUCAUCGAUAAAGGCAACGAGAACAACAUGAUUCAUUCGCCCGACAACACACAUGAAGAACUGCUGCUUGCAGUGAUAGAGGCAGAAAAGGAAGGACAACGCCGCAAGUUCCUGGAGGUUCAACUAUGGGAUGUCGAUCCCGGGGAAGCGGACGAGCACAAAACGUGGGUUGAGAUACCGUCUUCAGACGUGCAGCAGACGCAUGUGGGACUCAACCAUACGAUAAGUCCGAGUCAGCUGGAGAUCGCCGAGAUGGGCAAGCUCUUGCAGAUGGUGCGCCUGAAAACGCCGUCGCUGUCACCGCAUGUGCCUGCUACCGAUCCGAGAACGCAGGCGUCGAUCGAACAGCUACAAAAAGAAAAGGAGCUAUUCGAGGGCCAGGAAGGGACUGGUGAGGCCGAGCGUGGCUGGGAAGUAGAGCGCAAUGCCGAAGAAGCCAAGUUUGCACGUGCCUUGGGCCAGACCCAGAGCAGUCUUAUCAUGUGGAAUGGUAAUCAGAUAUGGCGGGUAGUGAAGAACCCGCUAACAACGCAGCUGGAUGACGCCCUACAGAGCGCUCAAGUACCGGAUACAGAUGGGCGUACUGUUCUCAAGCGGGAUGCCAUAACAGACGUCAUCGAUCUUGUUCAGGCUGCAGAGCCCAGGUCCGAAUCUGAAUUUCUAGGCUUGAAUUACCUGAAGCAGAAAGCUAGUCUGCUUCUGUUUGGUGACCUGAUUCUCAUGGAUGCAAAACACAGGGAUGAGGCCACUAUAGACGCUACGGAGCGAGCUCUCAUUGUGGGAAACUUGGACCCCCGUAUUCCGCUCCUGUUGAUCCCGCUAUUGCGACGAGAGGUCCUGCAGAGCCCGCAAGGGAUCUGGAUACACGCGGGCUUGGCGGAGAUCACAGAGAGUUACGUGCAGCAGCUGGAUAAGGCUGCGGGCGACGGGGCCUCGGACAGUGCCGUGCUGGAUAUGAUCAAGAGGUUCCUGUUCUCCUGGCAGCAAAAGCGGGGUUAUGGAAGUAUCACAGAUGAGACCUACGUCUUUGACAGCGUCGACGCGGCUUUCCUGCACUUACUCCUGGAACAAGACGCACAACUUGCGCCUGAACAACGAUCAGGCUCUUCGUUACGCAUCGAACUGAACAGGCUUGUGGAUAACUGGAAGGGCAAUCUGGACCGCGCCGUGGCGCUAUUGGAACAGUAUCGACGACUGUUCGUUCUGAGCCGACUAUAUCAGAGCCAGAAGAUGUCUCGCAAUGUCCUGAAAACAUGGCGCAGGAUCAUUGACGGUGAAGAAGAUCUGGGCGGCGAAAUCACGAUUGCUGGUACGGAGGCACAGAUGCGCCGGUACCUGGUCAAGAUCAAAGACGUUCAGCUGGUAGAAGAGUACGGGGCGUGGCUUGCCCAGCGCAACCCCAGCCUGGGCAUACAAGUAUUCUCUGAUGGCACGAGCAGAGUCAAGCUGGAAACUGCCGAUGUCGUGGCGCUUCUCAAGCAGCAAGCACCUAAUGCCGUCCAAGCAUACUUGGAACACCUGGUCUUUGCCAGAAAUCUCACACAAUACGCGGAUGACCUGCUGGCAUACUACCUUGAUUCCGUCCUCUCCGUACUGGAGACGUCGCCGUCAGCACGAGCUUCUCUCUCCGAAUCCUACUCCACCUACCGCGCUCUAAGCGCUCCGAAACCGACCUAUAUGAAUUUCAUCACGGUGAACACUCCCUCGGAACCAUGGUGGCAAUCCCGGCUCCGGCUCCUCCAGCUCCUCGGCGGCGGCAGCACCGGAGGCAGCCAGUUCACCUCGAUGCCGUCGCGCAACUUCACCUUCUCCAUCCCUGCCGUUCUGGCUCGGAUCGAACCUUUCCAGAACGAGCUCGUCUCGGAAUCCAUCAUUCUCGACGGUCUUCAGGGCCGCCACCGCGAAGCUCUUCAUCUCCUCACGCACGGCCUCGGCGACUACGAUUCAGCCAUCCGAUACUGUCUCUUCGGCGGUCCGCAGGCCACCAGCAGCUCGUCGUCCUUCGCAGACCGAUCGCAGCAGAGCGAACUCUUCCGGUUCCUGCUGGACGAGUUCCUGAAGAUCCAGGAUUCGUCGGAGCGCAUCGAGCGGACCAGCGAUCUUCUGGGCCGGUUCGCGGCGUGGUUCGACGUCGGGGAGGUUCUGCGGAUCAUCCCGGACGAGUGGAGCGUCGAUAUCCUGGGCGGGUUCCUGGCGCACGUGUUCCGGGUGCUGGUGGCGGAGGGCAGGGAGGUGCGCAUCGAGCGAGCGCUGAGCGCGGGGCUGAACCUGCGGGUGGGGACGGAGUAUAUCGAGGGGGUGGAGAAGGCGGGCGCCUGGGUCGAGGAUGGAGAUGGAUUGCGGCGGGUGAAGGACCGGCCGGUGGUACGCGAGGAGGAGACCGAGGAGUUCGGGGAUAUUGUGGAAGCGGACAGCUGA